AUGCAUGAGACACUUGCACGAAUGAGGCCCUCUUCACCGCUUAAUAUGCAUCGAAGUGUGAAUCAGGGGAAUACGCGCCGUCUUUGGGUGCGGUUGGAUGGUAAUGGUAGCGGUAAUAGCGGUGAAGAUGAGAAUGAGGGAGGGGAGUUUGAAGAGCGUCAAUUGUUCAACCAGCCGACGUAUGUGGAUAUUGAUGUACGGGAUUUGGUGGAUGAUGUUAAGGGGCGUAUCUUGGGUAAGUUGAGUAGGACGCAUUGGGGCCAGAAUAGGGAUAAUACGAGUGUUUGUCUUGGGUUUUACUAUUACAGUGCAGAAGCGUUGAACAUCGUUAAUGAGCCGUCGUCUGGUGCUUUGGAGCAACAAGUGAAGGGACGAGCACUUAUUAUGACGUAUAGGGAAUACCAGAAUCUUAUCAAAAGGAACCAAAUACGUUCUGGACGGUGGUCGCAGCUACAUUCUUCUUUUAGCAGGUUUAUUGGCCGGGCUGGCUCGGCGCAAGGUUCGAUGUUGGAUUCGUCUCGACAAGAGGCUGCAGCGGAUGAUCGUGCACAUUCGAUAGGUCCAGGCGCAGCGAAUGGCGCAGCGAAUGGCCGCUUGUCGCCCAGUGCUGAACGCAAUAACGAAUAUAUAUACAAGGUUAUUAUCGAGCCGGAUAUGCCUAUCAUGACGGUUUAUCGAGAGAUGUUUGGAAGCAUUCAGAGAAGUGAAGAUGCUUUGGUGGUAUUUUAUCCAAAAGAGAGUUCAUAUACAACGCCUUCGGUGGGUAUUGCUAUGGACCAGCAGCAUCAGCAGCUACAGCAGCUAAAAAUAUCGUCUUCUUCUCUUACAAACGCACAAAUGGCUCAAGCGCCGCCCAGCACGCCUAUUGAUCAUCGUCAAGUACUAUCGCCAGCUACACUUUUGGACCCAGUACACGUUCUUACAAAUGACGCUAUGGAGCAGCACGAUAAGAAUUUGAAACCACAACCGCCGCUAGCUCGACUCGAAAACGAAAUGCAGCUAGAUACUACCCUCGCUCCUGUGCCUAUUCCCGCUCCUGCGGUGUUGGUACAAGAUCAGGACCAGGACCAGGACCAGGACCAGUUGCCGUUGUUUGAUGGCUUGUCACUUGCCAGACAAAACACAGGCAUUCUACUUUUACCAAAGGGGGUGAACCCAGAAGAUAUAGAAAGCGAUGUAAUGAUGGAGAUGGGCGAACUCAAAAUCGGACAGCAAGAUGGGGAAGAAGAGGUGCAACAACAAGAACAUGAACACGAGCAAAGCUUAAGCCCCCAUGUGGAGUCCCACGGAAUUGGCGGUAGAAUGGCAACUAAUCACUACGCAUUUUCCUCGGAAACACCACUCACGGAAGAAGAAGUUGGACUGUCUCUGUCCAAAACACUCUCUUAUCAAGAGUUACCCAAGCCCAUGUCUAGGAUGACUACUCCCUCGCUAGAUAAACAAGAUGAACUUCCCAGAUACAAGGUGUUCCCUCGUAUAAACGUUCUAAUUGUGGAAGAUAAUGCGAUUAAUCAGGCUAUCUUGGCUUUAUUCUUGAAGAAGAACGGAAUUUCAUACAAGGUUGCAAAAGACGGGGUAGAAGCCAUUGAAAAGUGGAAAGAAGGCGACAGCCACUUGAUUCUUAUGGAUUUACAGCUACCGAAACUCUCUGGGCUUGAGGCUACAAAGCGCAUCAGAGAACUAGAGCGCAUCAACGAGGUGGGGCUUUUCGGCCAUAAACCAAAAAGGCCCAAAGUUUCACCAUCAUCAUCCGAUGAAAAACAAGAAACAGAUCCACAUCACGACCAAGACCAAGACCAAGACUUUGAUAGUGAUAGACCAAAUACAGUGGAGUUAAAUGAAGACACUAAAUUGGAUAAGUCAAAGUUCCGGUCUCCAGUCAUCAUUGUUGCAUUAACAGCGUCGUAUGAACAAAGCGAUAGAACAGCAGCGUUACUCGCUGGUUGUAACGAUUACUUGACCAAACCGGUCAACUUGGACUGGUUAGGUAAAAAACUCACAGAAUGGGGGUGCAUGCAAGCAUUGAUUGAUUUCGAUGGUUGGAACAAUGGUCAAAGAAGAAUGACGGAUAAUAUCAUUCUCAGGCCAAAGCUUUCAAUCGCAAGAAAAUCACAGAAUACAUCAAGUAGAUCCGUCCCUAGAGCAGGAUCAACACCUAUCGGUCUCGACCAUGCUACUACAAAUUAG